GCCCGCUCCGGAGCCGCCGCGCUGAGACUCUGCAGUGCUCGCGUCCCACCGCGUCCCGCCGCCCGCACCUGUCGCUCAGCGAGCCGCAACCGGGCCCCAGCAUGACGGACCAGGCGGCCUUCGACACCAAUAUCGUCACCCUGACCCGCUUCGUCAUGGAAGAGGGCAGGAAGGCCCGCGGCACGGGCGAGAUGACCCAACUGCUCAACUCGCUGUGCACCGCGGUCAAAGCCAUCUCCACGGCCGUGCGCAAGGCGGGCAUCGCGCACCUCUAUGGAAUUGCUGGCUCUACCAAUGUGACGGGAGAUCAAGUGAAGAAGCUGGAUGUCCUCUCCAAUGACCUGGUUGUUAAUGUGUUAAAAUCAUCUUUUGCUACCUGUGUUCUUGUGUCAGAAGAAGAUAAACACGCCAUAAUAGUAGAACCUGAGAAAAGGGGUAAAUAUGUGGUCUGUUUUGAUCCCCUUGAUGGAUCAUCCAACAUUGACUGCCUUGUGUCCAUCGGAACCAUCUUUGGCAUCUACAAAAAGAUUUCGAAAGAUGACCCUUCUGAGAAGGACGCUCUGCAGCCAGGCCGGAACCUGGUGGCUGCGGGCUACGCGCUCUAUGGCAGUGCCACCAUGUUGGUCCUGGCCAUGGCGAAUGGAGUCAACUGCUUCAUGCUGGACCCGGCCAUUGGAGAGUUCAUUUUGGUGGACAGGGAUGUGAAGAUCAAAAAGAAAGGGAGCAUCUACAGCCUCAAUGAGGGCUAUGCAAAGGACUUCGAUCCUGCCCUCACUGAGUAUGUCCAGAGGAAGAAGUUCCCCCCAGACAACUCAGCCCCCUAUGGCGCCAGGUACGUGGGCUCCAUGGUAGCCGAUGUACACCGCACCCUAGUCUACGGAGGGAUCUUUAUGUAUCCAGCUAACAAGAAAAGCCCCAAUGGAAAGCUGAGACUACUGUAUGAGUGUAACCCCAUGGCCUAUGUCAUAGAGAAGGCAGGAGGAAUGGCUACCACCGGGAAGGAAGCUGUGCUGGACAUCGUUCCCACUGACAUCCAUCAGAGGGCGCCCAUCAUCUUGGGGUCUCCUGAAGAUGUGACUGAGUUCCUGGAGAUAAAUAAGAAGCACGCUGCCAAAUGAAGAGCGGGCCUUGCCCACACCAAAUGGAAUUGCCUUUUAUCUGGACCUUUUAUCUCACAUAGUGUUACCACAUUCCGACUGUUCACCAUACGUUCCUAGUCAUAGAAGUAAAAAGUAUGGCUGUUUUCACCAUCAAAUGCUCUGUAAUGCACUACCUAACCAAAAUGCUAAAUCAAUAAUGCUACAGAUGGUCAAGAUAUAUUCUGAGUGGAUAGAGACGAUAUAAAGAUAUUCUUCCUUUUUCUUAAAAAGAAGUCUUGUUUUGUGCUAAAUAAUAGUAAUAAUAACAGCUAAUGCCUAUAACAUUAGAUAACUCAUUUAAUCUUCACAAUGACUUUAUGAAUUAGGUACUAUGAAUAACCCAUUUCACAGAUUAUGAGAUAGAGGACCAAGUAAAGUGAAGUGAAAUUUGCUCAGUCAUGUCUGAUUCUUUGUGACCCUGUGGACUAUACAGUCCAUGGAAAUCUCCAGGCCAGAAUACUGGAGUGGGUAGCCUUUCCCACCUCCAGGGGAUCUUCCCAAUCAAGGGAUCGACCCAGGUCUCCUGGAUUGCAGGUAGAUUCUUUAAGAGCUGAGCCACAAGGAAAGCCCAAGAAUACUGGAGUGGGUAGCCCAUUCCUUCUCCAGCGAAUCUUCCCGACCCAGGAAUCAAACUGGUGUCUCCUGCAUUGCAGGUGGAUUCUUUACUAACUGAGCUAUCAGGGAAGCCCAGCGGGCUGAGAGAUGAGGUCAUCUGCCCAAGGUCUCUAGCCAAUGAGCAACUGAGCUGGGUUACGAACAAGGAAUCUGGACACUGAACUUGGAGUUACCACAUCAGCUCUCCUAUGUGUUCUUUUCUGGGUGUGCAGAACAAACCUGAGUAAGGUUGUUUAAGCCCUCCUUGGAACUGGAGAAUUGAUAAGUUAGUGGUGGUACCUAAUGAGAUCUAGGGCCUCUUGGCCUCCUGAAUCUGGUGUAACCAUCCAAGUCACAAAUGAAGGUUUAUGUUAUUACUCAGUGAUAAAUUUUCUAGAAAAACAUAACACUUCAUUGAAUUAACAUAUGCAAUAAUUCCUAAGGUUUAAUUCUGUAAACAAAAGGAUUCAUCAUAAAAAGAUUUAAAGAAAUACAAUUUGUUGCAAACAAGUAUGUUUCUGCUAGGCUUUCCAGAAAAAUAGUUCCUCCCUUAGCAGACCCUGGUUCUUUCUAGACUAGAAUUCCAAGAUUAUAGCACAUUAUACCACAUGUUAAAUAUCUGGACUUUCUUAAGCUCCAUAUUUAUUAAGAUUUUGCCAUGGAAUGUAGGUGGAAAUAAUGUAUAUAAAUUCUAGUUUGAAAA